AUGAGCUCCAGCGGCUCCUGUCUGGCGCUGUCAGUGCUCAUGGCAAACCUCCAGGGCCGCAGGUCCCCUGGAACGCCCACAGAGUGCAGGAACAAGCUGCAGACGGGGUACGGGCCGCAGGUCGAGCCGGCCAACGUGUCGCCCUACACGGGUGGGUGCAUGGAGGGGGCUGUGGAGUUGGAGCAGCACCAGCAGCAGCAGCGGCAGCGGCAGU